AUGACUAUUUUGUGGGCAAAUUUGGAAGAUGAUCUAAACUUUGUGCUUACUGAGGGCCCUUGGAUUAUUGCUGGACAGUACUUGACUCUUCAAAAAUGGCAACCUGGUUUUUGCCCUGCAGCAGCUCAUAUAACCCAAAUGACGAUGUGGAUACGAGUUUCUGCCAUCGAACUAGAGUGUUUUGAUGUAUGGGCUCUUGAAAGAACUGGAAAUCUACUGGGUAAGCUUCUUAAGAUUGAUGCUCUCACUACUAGUCAAAAAGAGAUUAAUCAAACUUGGUAUAAUGUUGAAUAUGAAGGUUUGCCAGAUAGGAGGAAGCCUAAAAAUGGCUCUAAAGAUUUGAAUGGGCAGAGUAAUGGUCUUAAGCAUCAAGCAUCUUGGUUUGAUGCUAUGAGAAAGGUUGUAAAUGAUUUUGGGCAUGACGUUGUGGAAGGUGGUGGUGGUGUUUAUUUGCCUCGAGCUCAAGUUGGUGCUCAUGCCAAUUCUGGACUAAAUGAGAAGGUGUGGACUAAAUCGAAGAAUCCUAAAGUUGGGGCGAGACUUGUUUUACAAGAUAUCUCAAAUAGGAGGGUAGCUUAG